UCUGCUCAGGGCAAAUAAAAUAGAUGAUAGCUAAGCAGUUGAUCGAAUUUGGUGAAUUAAUAUUAUCGAAAAUUUUUGUCGAAUUUUAGAAUCAUCAUUAUAUUUCCGAAAUGGAUCCUGUUUUUCUUGUGUGCUUGUAUGUGCUGAACAUAUUUCAUCUGCCUCUGGUAAAAGAUUAAGAGCUAAUUAUGCAGUUUAGUUUAACCUAGUAAGAUGUUUCUCCAUUCAGGUACCCCACAUGGUCUAAAGCCUGUUUCUUCUCAUCUGUCUGUGCCAACUCCUUAUGGAUUGCCGAAACCGGUCGGCCGGAAUGUGGUUUCUCCUGUGCAUCAAAGUUCAUCUCAUAACAAUGCUUCCUUUACCCCAUUUGGAAAUGGUGUUAAUCCUGCUCUUAAUGCUACCAGAACGUCAAGCUUUGCUGCUGCUUUAAGAAAAUUAGCAAAGCAGGCUGUGGAUCCUGCAGCAGAAAAAGAAUUAUCUCCAAUCUCGCCAGUGUCUUCACCUGCAUCAAAUCAACAAUCCAGUCAGUCCAGGCAUCCAGCAGCAUUAACAUUAUAUGCAAAUAAUCAAAGUUCUGCAGCUCUCCAUGGAUCACCACCACCUUCAGUAUCUAUCACUCCACUUCAGAAUUCCAGUGGAAAGGCAUUGGAUCUUGGUCGAUAUAUGGUGGACAGUCGAAAUGGAAAUGUCUUGGAGCCUCUUAGCUUCAAAAUGGAGAGUUCCAAAUUAAUUAAUGUUUGCAGUGAUAAAAGAAGUGAUGCUCCUUCUGGAAACAAUUAUUUAACAGCUCAGCCAAGUACUCUAGUCAAUUUACGGCAAGAAAUGAAAGGCUUUCAGCCGUAUAGGAAUUCUGAUGAGCGUCAUCCUGCCUCAUCUCGGAUGUAUAAUUCUCCUCCACCUCCAAGUGCAGUUCCUGGUUAUUCUUAUCAUCCAUCAUUUGGACAGCCAUCUCAACUUCAAAUGCAGCAAUAUAGGCUAGAAGAAUCUGCAUAUAUGGAAAGAUACCGUGUACUUCGUCCACCUUCAUUGUCCUAUCAGCCUCCUAAUCCACUUACCCAUCCUAGAGCAUCACCUUACCAUGCAGGUUAUUUACCUGAUUUACCCCCGUCUCUGAAGCCUGGUCCGCAAAAUAAUUCCACUUACACUUCUAACAGAUAUGUCCAAGAAGAAGGAAACCACCCUGAACACAAUUCCAUUAGAAAGCACGAUGUAGAUGUAUACAGAGAGCAGGAAAUGUACUUGGAACGUGAAGAGCAAGAAUGUCGAGAACGAGAGAUGGAGUAUUUGAGGAAAGAGCAAACACACACAAGGCAAAGUCCUCUAUCACGUCCCAGCUCUUGUCGAACUGAUGUUUCAAAUGAAGAUAAAGGUCAUAUGGGAUCAAUAACUCAAGGAACUCCUCGUGAUUAUGUAAGAAGGUUGUCCCCACUUUCCUCAUCAGCUCCUCUGAAUUUAGCUAGAAAUAUUAAUCAUACUGAAAGUGAAGUUAUGCCUGAUGAAGAAUACAUUACUAGCCAUUCUAUGCUGCAUGAGAAUACUGAUUUUAAUAAACAGAUAUUUCAAAGGCAUAACCAUGUCAGGAUGAAUUAUGCCAAAGAAAAUGAAGAAAAACUGCCUGCUAGAUUGCCUUAUCAUAUAAAUAUGGAGAGAGAACAGAAGCAAAAACCUGCUGUUGAAAAAAUGGAUAGUAGUGUUUCUUCUUCACUUCCAUAUUACAUUGACUCAAAUUAUCAUAAAUCUAAUGUUAUUGAAAUGCGCACUGUUAGUAUAGGUUCUGUUAUUGACUCUGAAAUCAAUGGAAUAUAUGCUCGUGAUAAAUCUGUUUCUAACAACAGUUAUGAUUAUUUAAGCAAUUUUUCAUCUAGCUCAGAAAGAAGUAGUGCUAUGGAUAAAAACAAGUCUAAAUCUGACUUUAAAAUUGCUUUUUCUGCUCAAGAUAGUUUUUCUGUACCCUCCAACUUGGAAAAACCUGCCAACUAUCAAAGCUCAAAUUUUGAUUCUCCCAACAGUAAACUGCCUGCAUUUAUGCUCAAUAAUUAUUCAUUCCCUUACAAAAGUGAUUCCAGUAACCAUCAACAAGCAUUUAAAUUCUCAGAAGCCUCAUUAAAUAGGUCUUUAGCUGCGAAGGUUAUACCAGACGUUCCAGAAAGUGGAAUUCAUUCUGUCAAAGAAGAAGAUCCAGCUGUUGUAAGUACUCUUGAUGCUAGGGAGGCUAGAUUUCGACAAAGAAGAAUGGCUGUGGAUUUUACCGAAAGUGAAGAAUCUGAAAUAGAUUCUGAAGAAGAAGAUGCUCUGCGAUUUAAAAGGUUGUUAACCAUUUCCAAAGGACCACCUCCAAAAAUAAAUACAGAUCCAAAAAAAACAAAAUUUCUGUCAAAUUUUGGCCUUGUGACUCGAUCAAAAAGGCAAAUGCUAGAAAUCAAGAAAUGUAUCAGACGUCAUAAGAUUCUGAGGGAGAAGAGUAUAAGUCCUGUUGAAGAAACAUCAAUUGAAGAACUUCCUGUACAGUAUGAUGCUAAACAUCUUUCUGAAUUAGCAGAGCGACUAUGUUAUGAAGAAGAUUUUCAACCAAAAAAAGAUUUUCUUCGAGUGUUGGGUUUAUCUUACCUUUCACCAGAACAGAAAGCAGAAAAUGAGAGGAUUAGAAAACUUAUUGAAGAUGAAAAGAUGCGAAGAAAUGGCUUCUUCAAACAGAAUGAAUUCACUUCCUAUUUAGAAAAAAACAGCCAGAAGAAGAAAGGUUUCAGUACUGUAGACAGUCUGAAGCACCCAAAGAAAACAAAUUGUGUCCAGUUAGAGGAUUCAAAACCUGAUGAAAUAGUGUUGGACAAAGCAUAUGUAAAAAAGUCAACAUCUUACAUGAAUAUGUACAAAUCUUCUGAGACGCCACUUCCAAGGCUUUCAGCAUUUUUGAAGCCUCCGACAAGAACAGUAAAUGUACCAGUGCCACCACUUAUCCCAACUUAUCAAGCAGUUCCUCCUCAACCUGAGCCAUUUAAGGAAACAAAUGCCUCCAUUGUAGCACCAAAGGAUCCCCGUGUAUGGCAGGUUGACAAAGACUUUGUCCAAGAAUUCCAUAAGUCUGUUUUGCAAACAACUCAAAUGCAGUUAGCAGAAAAGAAUCAGCCUAAUGCAGCUCCUCGGGAUCUACCAUUCCAUAAUAAAAUAUCUGCCCCCAGUCAUGUAGGAAGUGAGGAGUCAGAAAGUUCAGUUGAAGAAAAUAAACUCCCAUUUCGUUGGCCUGGUGUUGAGGCCAUUAUGGAGUCAUAUGAGUGCCAUAUAUAUGAGCAAACUGUAGAAAAGAAAUUUCUGACUGACAGCUGCCAAAAACUGAAAGCUUUGGUUCAAGAAUCAAAUGUCCAUAUUGAGUGCCUUGGAAGGAAAACUGAGGAAUUGAUGCAGGAUAAAAAACAAUUGGAAGUUGAGCAAAGAGAACUUCAGAAAAGUAUAGACUUUCUCAAAUUCUUCUUUCAGAAGUUCAGGUAGCAUUUGUAUAGAAAAGAAAUUGUACAUUAAUAGGUUAAAAUACAAGCCCAAAGCUUUUUAUAUAUUUGUAUUUGUCUUUUGUACAUUCAUAUAAUUUUUUUCUCUGUUGUAAACUUAACUUAUAUUAGCAUAUCAAUGAUGCUAUGUUAAAUUUGAUUUUUUAAGGCAUUAAAUUUUGUAUCAUUUUUAUAUGUACAAAUUGUUUUUAUUUUCAUAAAAAAACUGUUUCAUGUUUUCGAAAAUGUGAUUCCUGUUAGAAUGGUAGGCUUAAGGCCUUUAUUUACCAUUUCUCAUUUAUAUAAAUGAAAUAUGUAUAUGAUGUAAAAAAGUAUGUAAGAAGAGCUGUUAGUUUUCUUUUGAAAUAUGUACUACACUGAUAGGAUUGAACUAUGUCUGAAAUUAUUGUGUAAAUAAAUAAAAAAACCAAAUAGCAAUGCAUGUGAUAAAUAUUAAAAUAAUAAUGUGUACUGUAACCUAUUUUAAUUGCAGCCAAAAUUUUAGAAACUUUAAAAAAAAAAAAAAAUUGUAACUUAUAUUAAUUUAUAAAGCAAAUAUUAGGAUAUUUGAUUUAAAUAUGAAAGAGGUAUUUAUGUAUAAUAUGCUAUUUGUUAUUAGGUUUUGAAUUUUUUUCAUAUGCAUAAAAAAUGAAUGUUGUAAUAAGAUAUUGAUUAAAUGCAUGAUGUCUAUUGUCUAAUGAUUAUACUUUUGGCAAAUCUAACUUAAAAGCAUCAUCAAAGAUAGAAUGACUGAUUAAUGCAUCCCUUUUGAGUACUUCUUCGUACCAAUGUUUCAAGUCCUUUUUUAAUUUAUAAAUAUUUAAAACUAUGAAAUUCUGUUUUAUAAGCAUGAAUGUUUUGAAGGUAAUUAUAGUGUGUACAAUUUGAUCUAGAUGCAUUCUUUUCUAAUAAUAAAAAAUGGCAUCUUUUUUAACCCAUUCACAGUGGGCAUCUCUGUUACCGAAGCAUUGUCUUGGGACAGCCCUUUAACCGGAUGUGUUGUCAUGUGGGGACGGGCAAUUCGUGCUGCUAAGCCUAACUUUGGAAAAAAAUUCGUAUAAAUUAAAUUUUUCAUCCAAUUGUUUCAAUUUUUGGUACAGUAGGAAAAGAACAUUCAGGUAGUUGUCAGAUUUAAUUUUAAAGCUUUAUUAUUAUGUAUUUUCCUUAAACAUUUUAUAAAAUACUCAUUCUAGAAUAAUAUAAUUUUUCCCUU